UAGGUGGAGAAGGGUCACAGUUGUCACGGAGACUUGCCUGCUCCUCUGGCAGCUGCCCCUGCUGCUCUCCAGAAUGUUGUGUUUGUGGUUCUUCAGAGGCUCCUGCGUGGCGGCCCUGCCAGGGACACUGGUGUUGCUGAGUUCUGCCCUGGCUUUGGCCAGGGACACCCGUCCCUAUUUCCUGGAGCAGGUUAAAGCUGAAUGUCACCACAACAACUGGACGCAGCGGGUGCGGUUCCUGCACAGAUACAUCUACAACCGGCAGGAGUACUCGCGCUUCGACAGUGAUGUGGGCGAGUUCCAGGCGAUGAGCGAGCUGGGGCGGCCAGAUACCGAGUACUGGAACGGCCAGAAGGCUCUCCUGGAGCAGGAAAUGGCUUACGUGGACACGUUCUGCAGACACAACUACGAGAUCUUUGACCUCUUCUUGGUGCAGCGCCAAGUUGUGCCACAGGUGACCGUGUACCCUGCCAAGACACAGCCCCUGCAGCACCACAACCUCCUGGUGUGCGCAGUGAGUGGCUUCUACCCAGGCAGCAUCCAAGUGCAAUGGUUCCGCAAUGAGGAGGAGGAGGAGGCUGGAGUGGUGUCCACAGGCCUGAUCCGGAAUGGAGACUGGACGUUCCAGACCCUGGUGAUGCUGGAGACGGUUCCUGAGAGUGGAGAGGUUUACAGCUGCCAUGUGGAGCACCCGAGCGUGAGCAGCCCAAUCAUUGUGGAAUGGAGAGCUCAGUCUGAUUCUGCGCAGAGCAAGAUGCUGAGUGGAGUCGGGGGCUUUGUGCUAGGGCUGCUGUUCCUGGGGCUGGGGCUGUUCAUCUACUUCAGGAGCCAGAAAGGGCGCUCUGGACUUCAGCCAACAGGGCUGCUGAGCUGAAGCGAGGAUGGCGACGCUCAGGGAAGAACCUCUGCCCCUGACUCUUCAUAUCAGAGGAAGGUUCUUUGGGUCCCUCUUGUUGUUCUCUGGCGAUUUUGGUUUCUCAGGUUCUGGUUCCCAUGUGAUUUAGUGACCUGCAGGAAGAGUCCUCCCUCCUGCUUCCUCAGCCCCUGACUUUGACACAGACAUCCUGAUACUGAGGUGGCACCUUCGCUGCAUUGCUUGGUGUUUUGCUCUGUGUUUUACCCUUACUGCCUCCCCUGCUCUGAUCUCACUUGUGCCACAUUACUUUAUGAUGUUUUGCCCAAUAAACAUGAAAU